AAAAAAACGUGACGUUGCAGGAUAAACAAACGGUGGAGAAGCGGGCUACAUCCUGACAUUAUAGAAAAAAAUCUCCCGAAUAAUGCAGUCUUCCAAGAGGAGCGAGAGCGACUGGCAGGGGUUAGUCAGCGAGUUCCUGGUGUGCAAACGGAAGCUGGAGAGCAAGAAGGAGGCACUUCUCAUCCUGUCCAAAGAGCUGGACACCUGCCAGCAGGAGCGGGACCAGUACAAGCUGAUGGCCAACCAGCUGCGCGAGCGGCACCAGGGACUCAAGAAGAAGUACCGGGAACUCAUUGAUGGUGAUCCCUCUUUGCCACCAGAAAAACGGAACCAAGUGAACCUGGCUCAGCUGUUGAGGGACUCCAGGGAGCGAGCGAAGCAGCUCGCUGAGGAGGUGAAAGAGCUCACUCAGAGGCUUGCAGAGGCCCAGGGAGAUAACAAGCUUUUGAGGAUGACCAUCACUCGACAGAGGCUGGGGGACGAAGAAGUCGGGGUGCGCCACUUUCCUGCGCAUGAACGAGAGGAUCUGGUUUGCCAGCUGGAGAGAGCCGGACUCCAGAUUGAGGAGAUGGAGCACAAUGUCAAAGCCUUGACAGAUGAGCUGCAGGAUGUGAAGGCCGAGCGAAACGUGUUCAGGGAGAAGGCCGACCGCCUGAAUGUGGAGCUCAACCACAUUUUGGGGAACCACGAGGCACGAAUCAUUGACGUUGAUGCCCUUUGUAUGGAGAACAGGUAUUUGCAUGAUCGUUUCAGCCAGCUGCAGGAGGAGGUGAACCUGCUGAAAUCAAACAUCAUGAAGUACAAGACAGCCCUCGAGAGGAGGAAGAACUCCAGCGCAUACGGGAAAUCAAGCAGCAGCCCCCUUACCGGAGUCCUCUCAGCCAAACAAGUCCAAGAGAUGCUUCUGGAAGAGCAGGGCUGCAGCCUGCCAGCCACGCCUCAGUCCAUCCACGACCUUAAGUCCCUGGCCACGGCGCUGCUGGAGACCAUCCACGAGAAGAACCUGGUCAUCCAGCACCAGAGGCACACCAACAGGAUCCUGGGAAACAGAGUCGCAGACUUGGAAAGGAAGCUGAAGACUUUGGAGGUUUCAGGCUUGUGGAGUCUUCCAGGGACACGAGACACGAUCACGCUGAGCGAAAGCCUCCAGCCGGAGCUCCGUCCGACGCGCGCCGUGGCGCUGAUAAACGCGCAGCCACUGAAAGUUCUGUCAGACAACAGAAGCUCGUAUGAAUCAUCCUGGGAAUGCCACACAGCUGGCAGUGACCUUGGCACAGAUGGCGUCGGCGGGGAAGACGCACCUGCGCCGCUCAACAGCCUGGAUCCUCUGGAGGGGGCGGAGACAAAUGGGAUUGACAGGAGAGGGGGGGAGACGGUGACCCUGAUGGAAGAGCGGGUCGCCGCGGGGCUGGAGGAGGGACGGAGUCCGGUGGAGGAGUCGGGCCGCGAGGUGGAAGGCGCCGAGGACGAGGAGCUGGGCUCGGCGGUGGAGGAAGGGGAAGAGGCCGCCCUGGCGCUGGACGCCCCCCUCAGUGAAUCAGACGUCCAGACGCCUUCAGAGAAACACGCCGCCGUCAGUCAGUCAGCGGCGGUUCAUCUUCCCCGCGAAUCCCAGGACGGCGUGUCUAAUAAUACACCCGACUAUGAAGAAGCCUCGCCACCGCUUCCACAGAGCAAAGUCACGGAGCUGUCGAGCUCAUGCGAGUGGGAAAGCCACUGUCCUCCCGCAGAGACGCGUCACAGCGAGAACCUGGCAUGAGUUACCUACAGCGGCUGGUUAAUCAUUUCCUCACGAGCACUCGUCUCAUCCGCACAGCCGUUUUGGUCAGUAGAACAAAGAGCACCUUUCCUGCCACUCCUGAUGAAUCCAGAGGAGCACUCCGUAUCACCACGGGGAUGGAGUUGAAAUCUCAAGGCCCCGGAGCAAGAAUUUCGCUGACAAAAUGAGGAAACUGGCAGCAUCGUUCUCCGAUCUCCCAGGAAAAGAUAAUCUCAGCUGUUUGCUUUCUCUUUGUUCCUGAGGGACGCCACUGAACCCAAUGCUGCAUUUUGCUCUGACUCUUUAAGGAAUUUUAAUUUGGCCAAAAGCUACAAAAGAGUGUGUCGUAUCAACUUGUGAAUGAGUGAUCCUAAUUUAAUUAAUUACAUGAAUGUCUAUUUAUCUGUACGGGUGAAAACUGAUCAUUGUGUAUUUCUCAGUUUUGAGUUUUGGAUGCAUCAACACGUGCCUUAGAUGUGGAAAUAUUCACUGCUAUUUAUGAAUAUAAAAGAAUAAACCUGC